AUGUCCAAACUUGCAGUUCUCAUUGAUGCCGACAACGCGCAAUCCUCCACUAUCAAUCACCUGCUCUCAGAAAUAGCAAAAUACGGCACAACGCAUGUUAAACGUGCCUAUGGAGAUUGGACAAGUCCCAAUUUGAAGGGCUGGAAGGAAAAGCUUCUUGAACAGUCGAUCCAGCCGAUCCAGCAAUUCGCGUACACCCACGGCAAAAAUGCGACCGACUCAGCUUUGAUCAUAGAUGCAAUGGACUUGCUUUACUCAGGUCGUUUUGAUGGCUUCUGCCUCGUCUCUAGCGACAGUGACUUUACUCGGCUGGCUGCUCGCAUACGAGAGUCUGGACUAAGCGUGUACGGGAUUGGGGAGCGAAAAACGCCCAAGCCCUUCGUCGCUGCCUGCGAUAAAUUCAUCUACACCGAAAACCUGGUGCAUCUGGAAGAGCUUGCACCACAUGCCGACAGGGUCACAAACGAUCCCGGAGAUCAUUCGUCAGUUCGACAGGCUCUAAUGGAUGAUCAUCUAUCGAAUAUGUUGCGUACCGCGGUAGAAACGGCUUCAGAUGACGACGGAUGGGCUAGGCUCUCCAGCGUCGUUUCACAAACUCAGUGA